AUUAUUCCAUUGUCCAAUGAAAUUGUCUCCAUGUUGUCUCAGAAUAAAUCUGUGAAAACCACAGAAGAAGUGGCACUUCAGAUCCUCUUGCUUUGCCAGGUUUGGGUUGGAACUGUAGUCAACAUUUUUCUGAUUGUCCAUAAUUUAUCUCCAGUGUUGAAUGACUCUCAACAGAGGCCCAUACGAGUCAUUCUAGCCAACUUAGCUGUGGGCAAUACCUUGAUUCUCCUCUUUGCAUUUCCAAACAAUAUAACAGUUUUUGUUCCAAGGGAGCCCCCAACUGACCUAAGAUGUAAACUUGGGUACUUCAUUUGGCUGGUGGCUCGAAGCACAAACAUGUGCUCUACCUGCUCCCUGAGCAUUUAUCAGUUUGUCACUCUUGAUCCUGGUACCUGUGGUAGGUUGAUGAUCAGUGGAAGAGCCCCCAAAUUUGUGAGGUAUACUUGUUAUAGUUGUUGGUUGGUCAGUGUCUUAAAUAAUGCUCACAUUCCAAUGAAAGUCAGUGGUCCACAGAAAAGACAUAAUGAUACCAAUUCUACAAGCAAGUGGGUUUGCUCCACCACUGGUUUCAGUGUAGGUACGAGCAUCCUGUCCUUUGUCCAUGAUGCAGUGUUUAUCAGCAUCAUCAUCAGGAACAGUGUCUCCAUGGUGAUUCUCUUGAAGAGACACCACCAAAGACUGCAACAUAUUCAAUCCCCCAAUCAGAAGCUCAGAGACUAUGCUGAGACCAGAGCAGCCCACACCAUCCUGAUGCUGGUGGUCACAUUUGUGACCUGUUAUCUUCUAGACUGUAUGUGCACUUUCUUUCACAUUUAUUUUGUGGACUAUCGGCUCUGGUUGAGGCGUGUCAAAGAAAUUUUGGCUGUAAGCUUUCCCACCUUUUCUCCAUUACUGUUGAUAUUUAGGGAUCCUAAGGAUCCUUGUUCUCUGCUAUUUAGCUGCUGA